AUGGAAGGAUUUGGGGAGAGAGAAGGAAAUCUUGAUGAAAUCGGAGAGAGACUGGCAAGAGAGCGAGAGAUUAAUCCAACAGUUCCUGUCGAAAAGACUUAUUUUACAAAUCAACCAGGUGACACCCAUCAAAAUGUGGUUGUUACUGAAGCAGGCAUAAUUCCCAAUCUAAUUUAUGUUGUUAUACCAACGAUUCCACUGCUGUUACUGAUAUUGGUAGCUUUUGGAACCUGCUGUUUCCAGAUGGUACAUAAAAGUAAAGGAAGAACCAAAACUAGUCCAAACCAGUCCACACUGUGGAUUUCAAAAAGCACCAGAAAAGAAAGUGGCAUGGAAGUAUAAUAACUCAUUAACUUGGCUCCAGAAAAGAAAACAGAGAUUUAUAAUUCUGGAUCUGUGUAAGGAAUGGCAUCAGAACAUUAGCUUGGAAUGGCUUGAAAUCUCAAAGAAUCAGCAAGAUGAACUGUAAGCUCCCCCUUGAGGCAGAUAUUAAAAUAAUUUUUAUAUGUUUAUUAUUUCAUUAACAAAAUACGCUGUGCUAAUAAAGGAGUGAGACAUGCUUAUUUUGCUAAAGGAUGCACCCAGACUUCAAAUAAAUAGAAUGGACCACAUAGAUAAAAUUGCUAUCAACACAUGAGAAGUAUAUGUGUUGGAAGCAGUUAUUUUUGUUUCUCUUUUCAUAGGUUAUAAUCUAGUUAAUGUAAUGUAAAUUGUAUUGAAAUUUACAUUGUGCAAAAAAUUUUACCUUUACAUAAGUGUUUGAUAAAAAUGGACUGUUCUAAUA